AUGACCGCGGCCGUGUUCAUUGGGUGCAGCUUCAUCGCCUUCAGGCCGGCACUGGCCCUGUGCGUUGCAUCAUCGCCGCUGCGCCUUGUCUUCCUCAUCGCUGGAGGUUUCUUCUGGCUGGUCUUGUUGCUGCUUUCUUCCCUUGUAUGAUUCAUUGCAGUGCAGAUUGGUGGGCGCAACAAUGCAUCAGUAAAGAAAAAUUUGCUCAUCUUUGGAGUGGUGUUCUCUGUCCUGUUCCAGGAAGUCUUCCGAUUUGCCUGUUACAAACUGUUGAAAAAAGCUAAUUAGGGCUUAAUGACUAUAAGCCAGGAGGAAACCAUACCCAUCUCUGUCAGACAGUUGUCCUAUGUGUCUGGCCUGGGUUUUGCGAUCAUGUGUGGAGUAUUUUCUCUUGUGAAUAUCCUGACUGACUCCUUGGGACCAGGCACAGUGGGUAUUUAUGGAGAUUCUCCUCAGUACUUCCUGUCUUCUGCGUUCAUAACUCUGGCCAUUGUUCUGCUGCAUGUAUUUUGGGGCAUUGCAUUUUUUGAUGCUUGUGAAAAGAAGAAGUGGUGGGCACUGGCACUAGUCAUCCUGAGCCGUUUGCUGGUAUCAGGUCUGAUUUUCCUGAAUCCUCAGUAUGAAGGCAGCCUAGUGCCAUCUUAUAUUUUCAUGAUGCUUAUGGGUACCUGGGCUUUCUUCACUGCUGGUGGCUCCCUUAGAAAUCUGAAACUGUGUCUGAUGUGCAGAGACAAGGACUUCCUUCUAGCCCACCAGCACCCCAGAUAACCUCUAAGCAUCUGGAUUUUACCCAUCCAUUUCUCUACAUGUGCUUUCACUAAACAACUGGUGCCUUCUUGACCUUUCUUGAAUGCAAAGUUGAGAUAUAUAUGUACUCCUGUGUAACUUGGCUUCUUUCAGGCAGCUGUCUGAACUGCAUAUGUGAGUGAAAUCUCCUUAAGAGUACCCAAAAAUUAAACAGUUUACAUGUUAGCUGCUGCUUUGUGCACUAAGUUUGGGCUGAGUUAAUAGAACAAAUGAACACAUAUCAAACAUGGAUAGACUAGAUUUAAAACUAAAAGGCUAUCUGCUAACUUCAGUUGUGAAUUGCACAUCCACUUUGCUAUGGAAUUAAUAAAGAUAACAUUUUAUUGUG